AAAAUUAUUUCAGACACCAUAAAAUUGAGUACCUCUAAAAAUUAAAUCGUUUUUCUGAGUGGAGGAAGGAAAUCUCUCACCUAAUGGCCAGGUGAUCGUCAUGCGCGGGUUCUCAGUCGACUGAGAGCCAUGUAAUCUUCAAGAGGCAGCACUCGAUGCCAAUCCGAUCGAACUAAACUGUAUUACGUAUUAGGAACUGUAAAGUACAUUUUACCAAUCGGAUACCCAGAAGGGUUACCCGGGGCACCUGGAAAAAUGCUCUUAGUAUUAGCACACGGACUAAGAGCUGUCAUGGCGAGGAGAUGCCGCUUGCCGACAUCCCGGAGAAGACGUCUGCUGGCCACGAACUGCUCUACUUUUCCGUUCCACCAGAUUCCUAGGAGCUAUUCCGAGGGCAACGGACCAAAGGUGAAAUCGGAUCAUCGCUCCGGGACGAUGGUUGAAGUGGCGCGUACUAUUCGCGAGCAAUCCGGGGUGGACGUGGGUUAUCACACCAUUCCAAAGCCUCGAGAUCAUCUCCUGCAGCACCAGCCCAAAAGAGAGGAACUGCCCCCCAGAACCAUGCUGGAUUCCCAUACCACUGCCAUUCUGCCCCUAAGUUCAAGCGAGUUAAUCCGUGAGAGCUAUGUUAACCACCUGGGCAGGGUGAGAUUGGGCAGGAUAAUGGAGGAACUGGAUAUGUUUGCUGUGUGGAUCUGUCACCGGCAUGUGAAGUUACCAAAAUUACCCAAAGGAGUGCCUUUGCCUUACACCUUUGUUACUUUGCUCGUGGACAAAGUGGAAUUCACCAAUCUGGAGCGCCUGCAGGUCAACCAGGACAUCGAGAUUAGCGGGCACAUCUCGUGGGCGGGUCGCAGUUCAAUGGAGAUUACCAUCUAUGUAAAGCAAUUGGCUCAUGGCCAGUACAUUGAUGUGACGAAAGCAAUCUUUGUCAUGGUGGCCCGAAAUGCCACCAAUACAGGUCCAGCGCCUAUAAAUCCUUUAGAGGUAGGUGAUGAAACCGAGAAGCUCAUUUGGGAGCAGGCGGAGAAACGGCAGAAGCUGCGUAAGUCCUCGGCUCAGGAGUCCGUGUUUAACUCACCUCCCAGGGAGUACGAACAAACCAUCAUGUACGAAAUUCUUAAGAGAACCACUCCGGCCAACAGCAUCGAUCUCAACAAGCGGGUCCUGCCUCCAAAAUGCAGAUGGAUGGAAGAUUCCCUGCAGACGACAAUGAUUGCUCCUUUCCCUGAAAACAGAAAUGCGCAAAACACCAUCUUUGGCGGAUAUCUAAUGCGCCAGGCCGUGGAAAUUAGCUUCAUAAUGGCCAGCCUCUAUCUGGGAGAUCGGCCCAUUCUAAAGUGCAUCUCAGACAUUAGUUUCAUGCACCCAGUACAUGUAAACCGAUUUCUCCAACUCACCGCCUAUGUCGUUUAUGCCGCGCGGAACUACGUUCAGCUCAUGACCGUGGCUCAGAUUUGGGAUGCCAAGAGUGGAAAAGUACAGACAACAAAUGUUUUUUACUUAACGUACAGAGCAGACAAAGAUCUGGACGAAGUCCUCCCGCGAUCGUAUCGAGAGAUGUUGUGGUACGUUCAUGGGAGGCGGAAACUAAUGGCGGCACUGAACUUGCAGCCAGAGUUCCCGGAUCCCAUCGAUGUUCCCAAAGAAAACACAAACAAUAUUUGCACUUAGAUAUAGUACUCAGAUAAAUUCGAAGUUAUUUGUAGCCCAUUAAUUCCUCCACUGUAAACCUUUUUAUAAAAUUAAAUUCUUUUUUACCGCCUAUUCCCAA